AUGAAUAAUUAUUCAGCGUUUCAAACACUGAAAAGCUUGAUUGAUAACGAAAAAUAUGCUGACCUCGUAAAUGAGGUACAGCAAAACGUUUUACAACAUUUGAAAAAACUUAAAAAUGAGUUUAAUCGAUAUUUUCCAGAAUAUAAUGAUUUGGAAACAAAUGGUAUACGAAGUAUGAUUCGAAACCCUUUUAUCAUUAAAAUCAAUGAGGUAUCUGAUAAUAACCAGGAAAAUUUGAUAGAGUUACAAAACGAUCGAAACUGUAAGGAUACAUUUGAAUCUGGCAUGAAUAUCGAAGAGUUUUGCUGUAAAAAAACGAUUGCGUACCCUAAACUUCGAGAAAUCGCAUUAAGAUAUUUAGUCAUGUUUUCGACAACUUAUUUGUGCGAACAAGGAUUUUCUGGACUACUCUACAUUAAAAAUAAACAGAGAAAUCGGUUGGACCCCACUAAAGACUUGCGUGUAGCUUUGAGCAAUAUCAACCCAAGAAUAUCUUUGUUAGUGAACGAAAUGCAAGCACAAAAAUCGCAUUAA